AUGCGCAUCACUUCCUGGUGGCUCUUGUCCGCCCUCGCAUCGCUGGCUUCCAGCACCUCCCUGCCUGUGAAUGGCACCCGGGGAAUCGACCUGUUCGAGAUCCAUCUCCCUGUGAACUGGAAGAAUGCCGUCGCGGACGGUGUGGAAUUUGUUUUUGUCAAGGCAACAGAGGGCACCAACUACAAAAACCUGCGAUAUCCCUCGCAAACAGAGAACGCCGCCCCAGGAGUCUUCCACGGCGCAAUCCACUUCGCGUCCGCCGCAUCCAGCAGCGGCGCAGACCAGGCUAAAUUCUUCCUGAACAACGGCGGGAACUGGACGGCCGAUGGAGAGACCCUGCCUGGCGUGCUGGAGAUGGAGGGUAACAUCGCGGGCAAACUAUGCCACGGGAUGGAAGCAGAUGAAAUCACAGACUGGAUGGCGGAUUUUUCAAACACUUAUAAGCAGGCUACGGGGCGGCCGCCGCUGCUGUUUCUCUCUGCGAAGUGGUGGGGACAGUGUGCUGGGAAUGAUACCUCCUUUGCGGCCGAGCAUCCCCUGUGGCUGGCGAAUUGGGCGGAUGAGAUGGGCGCGUUGCCUGUGGGUUGGAAGGAGGCAACAUUCUGGCAGUAUGCGGCGAUGAGUGGGAAUGGGGGGGAGGGAGAUGUGUUUUUGGGGAGUAGGGACGAGUUGACGAGGUUUGCUUUGGGGGAGCUGUAA